GGAAUUUUGAAUUUCGACGAGUUCGACAAGUUGCGUGUAUGGUGUUGCAGCGUCAGCAAGAGGGGGCACAUUCCAUUCCUCGUUUCAGCCUCGAUCCCGGCUGGCGCGCCCCUUCCUGUGAGCUUGCCCCUGGGCGUUGGCACUGCUGCUUUGUGAAACAGCAGCCAUGUCCCCCGGCCAAGAUGCGACGCUCCUAGAGCGCUCGAUCAAGAUUGCUUUCGUCGUUGCCCUUUACUGGGUCGUCUCAAUCUCAAUGGUAUUCCUCAACAAGUAUCUCCUGAGUGAAGUCUCGUUGGACGCGCCCAUGUUUGUGACCUGGUUUCAGUGCGUCGUCGCCGUGGUGACUUGUUUCAUUUUGGGCGAGCUUCGCUCCUACCAUCCCGCUCUGGAGAUGUUUCCCCGCUUCGCCUUUGACACGCACGUUGCCAUGAAGGUCUUGCCCCUCAGCCUGGUCUUUGUGGGCAUGAUUGCUUUCAACAACCUGGCCCUUAAAUUUGUGGGCGUGGCGUUUUAUAACGUCGGCCGCUCCUUGACCACCAUCUUCAACGUGCUUCUCUCCUUCUUCAUGCUCCAGCAGCGCACCUCCAUGCCCGCCCUUCUGAUGUGCGGUGUCAUUGUUGCUGGCUUUUUCGUCGGCGUCAACAAGGAACAGGAGCAAGCCGACCUGACCAUGGCUGGCAUCAUGUACGGUGUGCUGGCCUCGCUGUGUGUUGCCUUGAACGCCAUUUACAUCAAGAAGGUGAUGCCUUUUGUCGACAACGACAUGUGGAAGCUGACAGCCUAUAACAACAUGAACGCCAUCUUUCUCUUCCUGCCCGUCAUCACCUUCAUGGGCGAAAUUCCUGACAUUGCCGCCUCGGAGGAUGUGUACUCUGGCAACUACUGGUUCCUGAUGACCGUGGCUGGCCUGCUUGGCAUCGCCAUUGGGCUGGUCAGCAUGCUGCAGAUUAAUGUCACAAGCCCGUUGACCCACAACAUUAGCGGCACCAGCAAAGCGUGCGCUCAAACCAUUUUGGCCCUGCAGCUCAACGACGAGAGCCGCACGGCCACAUGGUGGCUUGGCAACGUUUUCGUCCUCGGCGGUUCACUUGGCUACGUGCUGGUCAAGCGCGCGGAGAUGAAGCGCGACCUAGAAAAGGUGCCGUCCAGUGCCGACAGCAAAGCUUAGUCAAAAGUUUCGUCGCCACACCGACAUGACCAGCCCGGUCGUCAGCUAACUAGUUGGCCAAUGACAAUCACCAGGGACCGUUUUUUGACAUGAUAAUUGGCUCUUUUGUUUUGUGAGCCAGCUCUCAAUAAGUUGAGCAUCAAAUCCCG